AUGGCCAGGCCCAGCAGCCGCGACAGUGCCCACAGCGAGGAGGCGGAGGGCGGAGGCCUCAACUACUGGACCACGCAGCAUGAUGGCGAGGUCCGGCUGCGACAGGACAGGAACCUGUAUGACACUGAGGCGCCCCUCACCGUGCACGACCUGCUGAUGGGCACGGCCCUCAAGUACUCCCAUUAUGUCGCACUGGGCUCCAAGCGCAGGAACGGCUGGCACCUGCUCACGUACACUGAGUACUACGAGGAGUGCCGACGUGCAGCCAAGGCCUUCCUCAGGCUGGGCCUCGAGCGCUGCCACAGCGUGGGGAUCAUGGGACUGAACUCGCAAGAGUGGGUCAUCGCUAGCAUUGGUGCCAUCAUGGCAGGGGGCUUCUCCGUGGGGCUCUUGUCCACCAACUCGCCCAGAGUCUGUCGGCUCAUCGCCCAGAAGUCCAAGAUGGACAUUUUCGUGGUGGACAGCGACAGACACCUGCAGAAGGUGACCCAGAUCCGGGGCUCCCUGAAGCACCUCAAGGCUAUCGUCCAGUACCAGGAAGAGAUCCGGAGAGAGCAGCGCGGCCUGUACUCGUGGCAGCGGUUCCUGGAGCUGGCCAAGGCCGUGUCGGACGCCCAGCUGGACCAGGUCAUCGACUCGCAGAAGCCUAACCAGUGCUGCACGCUGGUCCACCGCCCGGGGGCCGCGGGGCGCCCCAAGCUGGCCAUGCUGAGCCACGACAACAUCACCUGGACCACGGCGGCCAUCGUGCAGAGCCUCAGCUUCCGGCGUCCCCCUGAGGGCCAGGAGGUGCUGCUCUGCUACCUGCCGCUCAGCUGCUUCCGGGCGCAGCUCUUCCACGUCUGGGUGGCCAUCGCCGUGGCCGGCACGCUCUACUUCACGCAGCCGGAGGAGGUGCUGAAGGGCUCGCUGGUGGACCUGCUGCGGGAGGUGCAGCCCACCUCCUUCUACGGCGUCCCCUGGGUCUGGGAGCAGCUGCAGGACGCGCUCAAGGCCCGGCAGCUGGACGCCAGCGCCUUCUGGCAGAAGGUGGACGCGUGGGCCGCGAGUGUGGGGCUGCGGGACAACCGGAAGCGGGUCUUCAGGCAGGUGCACCCCUCGCUGUGCUUCCGCCUGGCCAAGCUGCUGACCUUCGACAGCGCCAGGCGCUUCCUGGGCCUGGGCAGCUGCCACCAGUUCUUGAGCUCGGGCCUGCGGCUGCCUCGGGUCACCUUCAACUUCUUCCUGAGCCUCAACAUCCCCAUCUUGGAGCUGUAUGGCCUGGCCGAAGCCUCAGGUGUCCACUCCCUCUGCACCCAGGACAACUUCCGGCUGCAGAGCUGUGGGAAGGCCAUCCCAGGCGCCUGCACCAAGGUGGUGGACCAGGACGCGCAGGGCGAGGGCCGCAUCUGCAUCUGGGGCCGCAACGUCUUCAUGGGGUACCUGGACGACAAGGAAUCCACCCGGCAGUGGAUGGACGCGCAAGGCUGGCUGCACACGGACGACCUGGGCUUCCUGGACGUGAACAACUUCCUCUCCAUCACGGGCAACAUCAAGGACGUCAUCAAGCUGCAAACCGGCGAGUCCAUCAACCCGCACCCCAUCGAGGACUGCGUGAAGCUGGGGCUCCCCAUCGCGCGCUAUGUGGUGGUUGUGGGCCAGGGCGCCCCCUUCCUGUGCGCGCUGCUCACGCUGAAGUGCCAGAUCAACCCCGAGACGGGAGAACCCCGCCACAUGCUCACCAGUGAGGCCGUGGCCUUCUGCCGCAAGCUGCACAGUCAGUCCAGUCGGCUACUGGACAUCGUUUACGGCCACGACCCCGCCGUCCUGGAGGCCGUGAGCCUGGCCAUCGAGGCGGCCAACGCCAGCGCACCCUCGCACGGAGCCAGGGUCGUCAAGUGGUGCAUCCUGGACAAGGAUUUCUCGGUGGCCGGCGGAGAGCUUGGGGCCACCCUCAAGCUGAGGAGGGCGGUGGUGGCCAAGAUGUACCAGGUGGAGAUGAGACGGUUCUACGAGGACCACCAGGAGGGCUAG